GAUACAGUUUGUUGAAUUUCGUUAUUUUAGUUGAAAGAUUGCUUUGAUAGGCUGUUCAUUGUACGUUAUUAGGUUUUAGUUUUUCGUUAGUAAAGUCAAACAUCAUCCCUGAAAUGUUGAAGGCGAUAAUUUUGAUAGGAGGGCCCGAAAAAGGGACCCGUUUCCGUCCUCUUUCGCUAGACACCCCGAAACCUCUGUUUCCGGUUGCCGGUAAACCGAUAAUACAGCACCAUGUGGAGGCGUGCGUACGGCUGAAGGAGCUAAAGGAGAUUCUCAUUCUCGGCUUCUACCCGAGCUCACAGUUGCAGCAAUUUGUCAGCAACAUGCAGAAUCUGUACGACGUGAACAUUCGAUACCUACAGGAAUUUACCUCGCUGGGAACGGCCGGCGGUAUGUACCACUUUCGUGAUCAGAUUCGUUCCGGGAAUCCUACGGCAUUUUUCGUGCUGAAUGGGGAUGUUUGUGCCGAUUUUCCGCUCCAGGAGCUGUACAAUUUUCAUCUCAGUAAAGGUGAUAAGGCGCUGGUUACAAUUAUGGGAACGGAAGCUACGCGCCAGCAAGCGGUUCACUAUGGGUGUUUGGUUCUCGGGAAGGACCAGGAAGUUACGCAUUACGUUGAAAAACCACGUUCCUAUGUUUCUACUCUGAUUAAUUGUGGUGUGUAUGUUUGCUCGCUGGAGGUGUUUGGUCGCAUGGGUACCGUGUUUCACUCGAAACAGUUGGAUUAUAAUAGUUUGAACAAUGGCAACGGAAAGGAUGUUGGUCACAUUCAACUGGAACAGGAGAUUCUCACGCCGCUGGCGGGAACGGGCGUAAUGUUUGCCCUGCCGGUGACCAAUUGGUGGUCGCAGAUCAAAACUGCGGGUUCGGCCAUCUAUGCUAACCGGCAUUUUUUGGCUCUUUACAAAAACACUCACCCGGAACGGUUGGCAAACGCUGGUUUCAAAACAUCGGAGCAAAGCACCGGUAGCUUGAUUUGCAACAUCAUUCCGGACGUCCACAUUCAUCCCACUGCUUCGGUACAUCCGACGGCGACGCUUGGUCCAAAUGUAUCAAUUGGUCCGGGAGUGGUUAUCGGACCAGGUGUUCGCAUUCGGGAGUCUAUAAUCCUGGAAAAUGCAGUUAUCAAAGAUCACACUUUAGUUCUCCACAGCAUAGUGGGUCGCAGCUCGCAAAUUGGGCUGUGGGCUCGUGUCGAAGGCACACCAAGCGAUCCGGAUCCGAACAAACCAUUCGCUAAAAUGGAAAAUCCACCGCUGUUCAACAGCGACGGUCGGCUGAAUCCGUCGAUAACCAUACUUGGCUAUGCGGUUAGUGUUCCCUCGGAAAUGGUCGUCUUGAAUUCGAUCGUCCUGCCGCACAAGGAGCUUAAUCGAAGUUUCAAGAACGAAAUCAUUUUGUAGCGAGUUCCGGAGGAGUGCGUACGCUCGUGAAGGUAAUUAACGUGUAAAAAAUGUGCCAGCUUUCGAGAAAUAAAAUUUUCAUCUCACUUUUAUAUGCACAAUAUUGUGAUCAUAAUUUCUAGCUUUUAUGUACCUAAUGGUUACCCUGUGAUUCUGGAAAUAUGCUUAUCACUUUGAAUAAAACGGAUUUUCAAUGUUUCAAUAAACA